CUUCCUUCCAACAUCCCUCCCACCAAUCGGUGUCAUGAAAGCCACCAAUCGAGAUCGUUGUGCCAACAAUCCAGCGACCAGCUGACACAAGCUAACCCACUCUCGCCCGGCGACGUGCUCAUCUCCAAGGACGGAGCCUUUGCUCUCGGCUUCUUCUCCGCAGGUAACUAUAACAAGAGUUUAUACGUCGGCAUAUGGUACAACAAGGUGCCAGAGCACACCGUGGUGUGGGUCGCCAACCGUGACAGCCCAGUCAUCGCCCCUUCCAGAGCGAAGCUCGCCAUCACCGGAAAACCAGAGCUGGUGCUGUCUGACUCCCAAGGACGCAUCCGUUGGACGACGACGAACAGCGCCGCAGCUGGGGGCGCUGACGCUUUUGCCGUGCUACUCAACUCGGGUAACUUUGUCCUUCAAACGCCAACCGGCGAGACCAUAUGGCAAAGCUUUGAUUACCCAACUGAUACCUUACUCCUAACCAUGAGGUUAUUGCUCAAUCACAAGGGUCAAGUGCCAACUCGCAUCAUUUCUUGGAAGAGCCCUGAUGACCCAUCCACUGGGAAUUUCUCCUAUGGAAUUGGUCCCAACUGGAACCUUCAGUUCUUCACUUGGUACGGGACCUUGCCGUACAGCCGCUCAAAUGCGCUUAACGAUGCAUCUAUGUCCAGUGGCAUGUACCUCAGCAGUGGUGCCUCCAUUGUAUACCAAGCCAUUGUCGACACAGGGAACAGGCUCUACUAUAUAUACACAGUCUCUGAAGGAUCACCCUACACACGUAUCUGGCUUGACUACACCGGUAAGAUGAGGACUCAGAGUUGGAACAGCAACACAUCAUCUUGGAUGCUCGUUUUUGAACGCCCCCAUUCUAGCUGCGAUCUCUAUGCCCAGUGUGGUCCAUUCGGUUUCUGCGAUAGCACAGGCGAUGUCCCAACGUGCCGGUGUCCUGAAGGGUUCGAGCCCAUCGAUGGUGUCAACUAUUCGAGAGGAUGCCGGAGAAAGGAGGCACUGAGAUGCGGGAAAGAAGACAGCUUCGUCACCUUGCCAGCGAUGAAGGUUCCUGAUAAGUUCUUGUACUUGCGCAACAGAAGCUUCGACCAGUGCGCAGCCGAGUGCAGCAGAAACUGCUCAUGUGUAGCUUACGCUUAUGACACCUUGAGCCUAGGUGACAGUAAUGGCGACACGUCGAGGUGUUUAGUUUGGACUGGGGACCUCAUUGACAUGGAGAAGGCCAGCUUCCAUGGUAACUUGUACCUCCGGAUUGCUGGAUCUCCUGUAAAGAAGAAGAAGAAGAGCCAUUUGACAAAGAUUUUACUCCCGAUUAUAGCCUUUGUGCUGCCACUCACAUUCACAGCCCUAGUCUGGACAUGUAAAAGAAGAGGUCGACGACAAAAGAAGAAGGUUCAGAAGAGAGUGAUGCUAGAAUACUUGAGGUCUCCGGAUGAAAUGGGGGAUAAGAAUAUAGAGUUCCCAUUUAUUAGCUUUGAAGACAUUGCUGCAGCAACAGAUCAUUUCUCUGACUCCAAUAUGCUUGGGAAGGGAGGUUUUGGCAAAGUUUACAAGGGAGUGUUAGGAGGUACCAAGGAAGUAGCAGUGAAGAGACUUAGUAAGGGUUCUGUUCAAGGAAUGGAGGAGUUCAAAAAUGAAGCGGUCCUGAUUGCAAAACUGCAGCACAAGAACCUAGUUAAGCUUAUUGGUUGCUGUAUUUAUGAAGAUGAGAGGUUGUUGGUUUACGAGUACUUACCCAACAAAAGCUUGGAUUACUUCCUAUUCGACUCAUCAAAAAAAUCAGUGCUUCAGUGGACGACAAGGUUCAAGAUAAUCCAGGGGGUUGCUAGAGGAAUCAUGUAUCUCCAUCAGGACUCAAGACUGACUAUAAUCCAUAGAGAUCUGAAAACAAGCAAUAUCUUGUUAGAUAAGGAGAUGAGCCCUAAGAUAUCAGAUUUUGGCAUGGCGAGGAUAUUCUUUGGCAAGCAGCUCCAAGCAAAUACAAACCGAGUUGUAGGGACAUACGGUUACAUGGCUCCUGAAUAUGCCAUGGAAGGAUCCUUUUCGGUCAAAUCUGACACCUACAGCUUUGGUGUAAUACUGCUGGAGAUUGUAAGUGGAUUAAAGAUCAGCUCACCGCACCUUCUCAUGGAUUUCCCUAACCUUAUAGCAUAUGCAUGGAACUUGUGGAAAGAUGGGAAAUCAGAACAAAUGGUGGACUCAUUUGUUGUGGAGAGUAAUUGCCCUCUUGAUGAAGUUUCGCGAUGCGUCCAAAUAGGUCUCUUGUGCGUACAAGAUGAUCCAGGCUCCAGACCUGUCAUGGCAGUGGUUGUGUUCAUGCUGGAAAACAGAACUACGCCACUGCCAACACCGAAGCAACCUUCAUAUUUUGCACAAAGGGGUUACAAGCCCCGGAAGGCUGGAGACCACAGGGAGGUCUCCACUGACAUGAGCUUGACAGCACUUGAGGCUCGUUAGAUGUUUAACCAUAUCAUAUUGUACUCUGAAUUUUCAGGGUUUUGCAACAGUGCACCAACUUUUUUGAUAACUGACUGUACAUGAGACCUGUGAAUCUGUGCUAUGUGAUUUUUAUAUCUGUGAGCUUGUUUCUGUA